UCGUGCAGGGUAGUUCAGUGCGACCGAGUCCAGCGGAAGAGAAAAGUGGUGGUUGCUUCUAUUCUUUCUCGUCCGCGAUCUCCGUCCAUCCAGCUGUCUUGGCGCAGCCACGAGACCGUGAGCGGCGUAGAUCUCCGCGUGGGGGGGAUGAAGAUUACGGCGCUCCUGGUGCUGAAGCCGUCGUCCUCCGGCGCGGGGGGCUCCUCGUCCACGUCGUCCGGCGGCGGGUCGGGUUCGGAGGCGGUGGUGCUGGCGAACGCGACGGACGUGAGCCACUUCGGCUACUUCCAGCGCAGUGCCGCCCGCGAGUUCAUCGUCUUCGUCGCCCGCACCGUCGCGCAGCGCACCCAGCCCGGCCAGCGCCAAUCCGUCCAACACGAAGAAUACAAGGUCCACUCGUACAACAGAAAUGGCCUUUGUGUGGUGGCAUUCAUGGACGAUCACUAUCCUGUACGAAGUGCAUUUUCUGUUCUGAAUAAGGUACUUGAUGAAUACCAGAAGGCUUUUGGGGACUCUUGGAAAUCUGCUAGUGCAGAUGCAACUCAACAGUGGCCUUUCCUAACAAAUGCUUUGACACAAUUUCAGGACCCUGCAGAAGCUGACAAAUUAACAAAAAUCCAGAGGGACUUGGAUGAAACGAAAAUCAUCCUACACAAAACUAUUGAGAAUGUCCUUGCAAGAGGAGAGAGAUUGGAUAGCUUGGUUGAGAAAAGCUCAGAUCUGAGUGCUGCUUCACAGAUGUUUUACAAGCAGGCAAAGAAGACAAACCAAUGCUGCACUAUACUUUAAACUCUGGCCCUUCAAUCAUGUUUGCAAGGUUCCAG